GGUGUUCCCAUCAGGGUAUUCCCAUUUGGGUGUUCCCAUAUGGAUCUUCCCAUCAGGGUGUUCCUAUAUGGAUGUUCCCAUCCAGGUGUUCCCAUCAGGGUAUUCCCAUUUGUGUGUUCCCAUAUGGAUCUUCUCAUCCAGCCAUUCCCAUACAGGGGUUCCCAUAUGGAUCUUCCCGUCAUGGUGUUCCCAUCAGAGUGUUCCUAUGUGGAUGUUUCCAUGUGGGUGUUCCCAUCCAGGCAUUCCCAUUUAGGUUCCCAUAUGGAUGUUCCCAUCCAGGUGUUCCCAUCCAGGGGUUUUCCCAUAUGGAUUUUCCCAUCCACGUGUUCCUGUUUGGGUGUUCCCAGAUGGCUCUUCCCAUCACGGUGUUCCCAUCAGGGUAUUUAUUUCCAUCUGCAUAUUCCCAUAAGGAUCUGCCCAUCAUGGUAUUCCCAUAUGGAUGUUCCCAUCAGGGUGUUCCCAUCUGGAUGUUAUCAUAUAGUUGUUCCCAUCCAGGUGUUCCCAUCCAGGUGUUCCCAUCUGGUGCAGCCCUGUCGGGGUUGGGUGUAGGAGCAGGGUGCUGACCCCCAGGAGAGGUCCCAUUGGGUUUUGAGGACCCCCAUGGUUGGAGCCCCACGAGGUGUCCGGGCAGCAUCCCACCACCCCUGGUGUAGAGCAGUUCUUUCUGAGGUUCAAAUGGAACUUCCCGCAUUUCGCUUUCCAUCCCAUCACGGGGCAGCAGUGGUGGCAGUGACGCCCACCAGGACGUGGUGACGUGCACGGUGCGAUGGUGAAUGUCACCCAUGUGCCACGUGAAACGCGUCCCUGGGACAUCCCUCAUCAAAUACUCAUCCGGAGAGAUCCGGAGGCAGUGGGGGGACAGCACGUGACCAAAGGAUGAAUGGAGGAGGGGGGAGGGGGAGAGCUGCCCCCAGCAGCGGUGUGAGACCCCAAUGAGUGUGUGAGACCCCAAUGAGUGUGUGAGCCCCCCAGUGGGUGUGUGAGACCCUCAACUGGUGUAUGAGACCCCCAGUGAAUGUGUGAGACCCCAGUGGGUUUGUCAGACCCCCAACAGGAGCGUGAGACCCCCAGCAGGAAUGUGAGACCCCAGUGAGAGCGUGAGACCCUGAAGGGGAUUGUGAGACCCCAGUGAGUGGGUGUGUGAGCCCCCAGCAGGAGUGUGAGCCCCCCCGUGGGUCUGUGAGCCCCCCACCAUCGGGUGUGUGAGCCUUUCCCUGGGAACACCUCAUUGCACCUGCAGUGCCGGGGGAACGUCAGCCCAAGGAGCGAUGCUUGGGGCAAGUGGGGGGUGACAGGGGCCAUGUCCCUUCCUUGCAGCAUGAGGAAGGUCUGAGCCGGACCCCCGCCCUCCGCCGCCUCCCGGGGACCGCGCGAUGGACGCCGCGGCCGUGCGGAGCCAGGAUGCCCCGCUGACCGUCAACGAGCAGGUCAUCGUCAUGUCCGGCCACGAGACGAUCCGCGUGCUGGAGGUCGGCGUGGACGCCGCGCCGCCGCCCGAGGAAGAGCGCAGAGCCGGGGCGGUGCCGCCGGGGGACGGCUCGCGGGGAUCCCCGGCACGGAGCGGCGACGCCGGCACCGAGGACGCGCGGCCCAGCGCCGAAACGCCGCGCGGCACGGAGGCGGCAGGCAAAGCCAAACCUUCCACCGGAGCCCCCCCAGGCGCGGUGGGCACCCUGAGCCCCACCAGCAACCAGCAGCCGCAGCCCCUGGCCCCACUGGCCGUGCAAGCAGCCCCGCAGGUCUUGACUCAGGAAAACUUAGCAACAGUUGUGACAGGAGUAAUGGUUCCGGCAGGGACAGUUACUCAACCUCUUCUUAUCCCCAUCAGUAUUGCAGGUCAAGUGGCAGGUCAGCAGGGGCUGGCUGUGUGGACAUUUCCUACAGCAACGGUCGCUGCCCUUCCCGGACUGACGGCUGCUUCUCCUACAGGGGGAAUUUUCAAACCGCCUAUAGCCAAUCUGCAAGGUAACCGGUGCUCUUCUGCUUUGCAGCAUCCUUCGGGGUCGGCCGCCGCUCAUGCUGCGCGUCCGCCCGCAGAGCCCGCGGCGCCCAACAGCAGCGCCGAGGAGGACGGCAUCAACCUGGAGGAGAUCCGGGAGUUCGCCAAGAACUUCAAGAUCCGGCGCCUGUCCCUCGGGCUGACUCAGACGCAGGUGGGGCAGGCGCUGACGGCCACCGAGGGCCCAGCGUACAGCCAGUCCGCCAUCUGCAGGUGGGGCACGGAAACGGGGCGGCCCCCGGCAGCGCGGGAGCAUGGAAUGGGGGCAUGGAUGGGUUGGGAGGGUCCUGAAAAGUCGUAGAGCCAUGGGAUGGUGGGGUAGGGAGGGUCCUGAAAGAUCAUAGAACCAUGGGAUGGUUGGGUUGGAAGGUAUCUUGAAGAUCAUAGAACCAUGGGAUUCUUGGAUUGGGGGGGUCCUGAAAGGUCAUAGAGCCAUGGGAUGGUUGGGUUAGAAGGGUCAUUGAAGGUCAUAGAACCAUGGGAUGGUUGAGUUGGAAGGUAUCUUGAAGAUCAUAGAACCAUGGGAUUCUUGGGUUGGAGAGAUCCUGAAAGAUCAUAGAACCAUGGGAUGGUUGGGUUGGGAGGGGCCUUGAAGAUCACAGAACCAUGGGAUUCUUGGAUUGGAGGGGUCCUGAAAGGUCAUAGAGCCAUGGGAUGGUUGGGUUAGAAGGUUCAUUGAAGAUCAUAGAACCAUGGGAUGGUUGGGUUGGAAGGUAUCUUGAAGAUCAUAGAACCAUGGCAUUCUUGGGUUGGAGAGGUCCUGAAAGAUCAUAGAGCCAUGGGAUGAUUGGUUUGGGAGGGUCCUGAAAGAUCAUAGAACCAUGAGAUGGUUGGGUUGGAAGGUAUCUUGAAGAUCAUAGAACCAUGGGAUUCUUGGGUUGGAGAGGUCCUGAAAGGUCAUAGAGCCAUGGGAUGGUUGGGUUAGAAGGGUCAUUGAAGAUCAUAGAACCAUGAGAUGGUUGGGUUGGAAGGUAUCUUGAAGAUCAUAGAACCAUGGGAUUCUUGGGUUGGGAGAGUCCUUAAAGAUCACAGAACCAUAGGAUGGUUGAUUUGGAAGAGUCCUUAAAGAUCAUAGAACCAUAGGAUGACUGGGCUGAAGGGUUCCUGAAAGAUCAUAGAACCAUGGGAUGGUUGAGUUGGAAGGGUCCUGAAAGAUCACAGAACCAGAACCAUGGGAUGGUUGGAUUGGAAGGACAUGGACAGGGCUCCCCAAGGCCAUGCUCACAGCCUCAUGCUGCUGGAGCUCACGUAGCAUCUCAGGUUUUGGGUUUGGGUUUGGGUUUGGGUUUGGGUU